UCCGGCCUGGCCGGAGGGUCCCGCGCAGGGAGCGAGACGAGCGGAGACGGCGUACGUGCCCUGCGUGAGUGCGUGGCGAGCGCGUGCGCGAAGCGAGUGGGCGGUGUGUGGCAGAAUCCACGUGCGUCUCUCAGCGACCCCCCGCGACUUAGCGCUGGGUGGUUCCAUGAUCCGGAACACCCCGGCACGCGUGGCCCUCCCCGAGCGGCCAGCCCCGUUUCCCGGCCCCGCCGUGUCCUCAGGCUCGGCCAGCAUCCACACAUCGCCAUGGUGACUGUGGGCAACUACUGCGAAACCGAAGGACCCCUGGGUCCGGCCUGGGAGCAGAAUGGCCUGAGUCCUUGCUUCUUCUUCACGCUCCUGCCCUCGACCCUGAUGACCCUGGGGAUUCUGGCUUUGGUGCUGGCUCUUCCCUGCAAGCGUCCGGAGCGACCAGCCGGCCCCGACGGGCUGUCCUGGGCAGCUGGCCCUCGUGUCGCUCCCUAUGUGCUGCAGCUGCUGCUGGCCACACUUCAGGUGGCCUUGCCCCUGGCAGGCUUGGCUGGCCGGAUGGGCACCGCCCGGGGGGCCCCGCUGCCAGGCUACCUAUUGCUGGGCUCUGUGCUGGGGAGUCUGGCCAGCGCGUGUGGCCUGUGGCUGCUCGUGAUGGAACGGAGCCAGGCCCGGCAGAGUCUGGCAAUGGGUGUCUGGAUCAAGUUCAGACACAGCCCGGGUCUCCUGCUCCUCUGGACUGUGGCAUUUGCAGCGGAAAACUUGACCCUGGUGUCUUGGAACAGCCCACAGUGGUGGUGGGCCAGGGCGGACCUGGGCCAGCAGGUUCAGUUUGGCCUUUGGAUUCUUAGAUACUUCGUCUCUGGAGGACUUUUUGUCCUGGGGCUUUGGGCCCCUGGACUUCGCCCCCAGUCUUACACCCUACAGGUUCACGAAGAGGACCCAGAUGUAGAGAGGAACCAGGAUCGCUCCACACAGCAGCGGUCUACAUGGCGAGACUUUGGCAGGAAGCUCCGCCUACUAAGUGGCUACCUGUGGCCUCGAGGAAGUCCAGCUCUACAACUUGUUGUGCUCAUUUGCCUGGGGCUCAUGGGGUUGGACAGAGCACUAAACGUGUUGGUCCCCAUCUUCUAUAGGGACAUUGUGAACUUGUUGACUGAGCAGGCCCCUUGGAGCUCCCUGGCCUGGACUGUUACCACCUAUGUCAUCCUCAAGUUCCUCCAGGGGGGUGGCGCUGGCAGUACUGGCUUCGUGAGCAACCUGCGCACAUUCCUGUGGAUCCGGGUGCAGCAGUUCACAUCCCGGCAGGUGGAGCUGCGCCUCUUCUCCCACCUGCAUGCACUCUCACUGCGCUGGCAUCUGGGCCGUCGGACAGGGGAGGUGCUGCGAAUUGUGGACCGGGGCACAUCCAGUGUCACAGGGCUGCUCAGCUACCUGGUGUUCAAUAUCUUCCCCACACUGGCCGACAUCAUCAUUGGCAUCAUCUACUUCAGCAUGUUCUUCAAUGCCUGGUUUGGCCUCAUUGUGUUCGUGUGCAUGAGUCUCUAUCUCAUCCUGACCAUUGUGGUCACUGAGUGGAGAACCAAGUUUCGCCGUGCUAUGAACACACAGGAGAACGCCACCCGGGCACGAGCAGUGGACUCUCUGCUAAACUUUGAAACAGUGAAAUACUACAAUGCUGAGAGUUAUGAAAUGGAACGCUAUCAAGAGGCCAUCAUCAAAUAUCAGAGUUUGGAGUGGAAGUCAAGUGCUUCGCUCGUUUUACUGAAUCAGACCCAGAACUUGGUGAUUGGACUGGGGCUUCUCGCUGGCUCCCUGCUUUGUGCAUACUUUGUCAGUGAGAAGAAGUUACAGGUUGGGGACUUCGUGCUUUUUGGCACUUACAUCAUUCAACUGUACAUGCCUCUCAACUGGCUUGGCACCUACUACAGGAUGAUUCAGACCAACUUCAUUGACAUGGAGAACAUGUUUGACCUGCUGAAAGCAGAGACCGAAGUGAAGGAUGUUCCUGGAGCAUGGCCCCUUCGCUUUCAGAAAGGCCAGAUUGAGUUUGAAAAUGUGCACUUCGGCUACGCUGAUGGGCGGGAGACCUUACAGGAUGUUUCCUUCACUGUGAUGCCUGGACAGACUCUGGCCUUGGUGGGCCCAUCUGGGGCAGGGAAGAGCACAAUUUUGCGCUUGCUGUUUCGCUUCUAUGACAUAAACUCUGGCUGCAUCCGAAUAGAUGGGCAAGACAUCUCACAGGUGACCCAGACCUCUCUCCGGUCUCACAUUGGAGUGGUGCCUCAGGACACUGUCCUCUUCAAUGAUACCAUUGCCAACAAUAUUCGCUACGGCCGUGUCACAGCUGAUAACACGGAGGUGGAGGCUGCUGCUCAGGCUGCAGGCAUCCAUGAUGCUAUCAUGUCCUUCCCCGAAGGGUAUGAGACACAGGUGGGCGAGAGAGGACUGAAGCUAAGCGGUGGGGAGAAGCAGCGCGUAGCCAUUGCCCGCACAAUUCUCAAGGCUCCAGACAUCGUUCUGCUGGAUGAGGCGACAUCAGCGCUGGAUACAUCUACUGAGAGAGCCAUCCAGGCUUCUCUGGCCAAAGUCUGUGCCAACCAUACCACCAUUGUGGUGGCACACAGGCUCUCAACUGUGGUUAAUGCUGACCAGAUUCUUGUCAUCAAGGAUGGCUGUAUCGUAGAAAGAGGACGGCAUGAGGCUCUGUUGUCCCGAGGUGGGGUGUAUGCCAAUAUGUGGCAGCUGCAACAGCGGGGACAGGAAGAAGUCUCUGAAGACACCAAGCCCCCGACCAAGACACAGUGACAAAAGUUGUGGCCUCUUCCCUCCCAAAGACUAACUCAGGGGAAUAAGAUGUGUCCAUUUUCCCUGACCUAAUUCAUCCUCCUCUAGGGGUUUGGUGCUACUGUUACAAGGGAAAGGGACCUUUCAGAAAAGCACUUUGGAGAAAUAAAAGUGGACUGUU